ACAUCCAUGGUCCCUAGAGAUGCAAGAUGGCCACUCUCUUGUUUUGAAGACGUUUAGUGCACGACUGUGGCUGGUGCAUGGCUAACAUCCUCGUGACCCCGGACAGAAGCUGAGGCACACAAUUUCCAGGAGGCGAGGUGUGGGGCGUGGUUGGCAGGUGUGUCCCGCCUGAGAGGGGAGUGUGGCGGUGACUUCUUGUACUGAGCUCGCCCUUAUCAAGCCCCACAGGUGAUGAAGGUGCGGGUGAAGGGGUGGACCGGUGUGGCCACUUGGCGAUGGGUGGCCAACGACGACAGCUGUGGGAUCUGCCGCAUGCCCUUUGACGGCUGCUGCUCGGACUGCCGGCUGCCGGGGGAUGACUGCCCGCUGGUGUGGGGCCAGUGCUCCCACUGCUUUCACAUCCACUGCAUCAUGAAGUGGCUUCAGUCCCAGCAGCUCCACCAGCAGUGCCCCAUGUGCCGCCAGGAGUGGAAGUUCAAGGAGUAGCCAGCGCCAUCAUCACUCCGGGCUUGGUGGGACGGUAAGCUGUUGUGGUGAUCAAUACAUAGACUAUAGAGUGAGUGAGUGAAUGAAGUGUACACAGCAAUGGGCCACUCGCAGCGAUCACGGUCACGGUCACGGUCACCGGUCAGCCACAGGAAGCGGUCACAAAAGACCAAGCAUAAGAAGAAAAAGAAAAGGAGACACAAAUACGACAGAAGAAGGUCAAGAUCAAAAUCUAGUUCGAGGUCAAGGUCUAGAACAAGGUCAAGUUCAAGGUCAGACUCAGAGAGGAACACCAGUGCAGCAGUGGGAGCAACACAGGGCAGGGAGAGCAGGAAGACCCAGAGCUCCCCACACUUCUCAGGGAGUAAUGAAGUGGGGUCCUCUGCUCCCUCCCACCAUGCCACAGUGUCCUCAGGGGCCACGGCUGGCUCAGACUCCGAGGAUGAGCUCAUGUUUGAGUGGGAGGCUCACCGGCGGGAGCUGGACUUACUCUUCUGUGGGUUGGGGCCAGAGGACCCCAUGGUGCGGGGCAGCGAGCAGUAUCAAGAUUUCUGGGCAUUCCUCAAGAAGUACCACGGCCUUCACAAGCAACGCAAGAUUAGGGAGAUGUGUGGGGCAGGCCGGGGCACUGGGAUGGGGCAGGGCACCAGUGCUAAGUUUGGCCUCCCACUUGCCUUCCACAAGAGACACAACAUCAAUUUCAGCCUGAGUGGAGCCAGCAUUGAGGAGAUGAAGCGCCGCCUUCCCCCGCAGGAUCUGGAGGAAGUUGGGAAGGGACGGCAGCGGCUGUCCCAGCGGCGGCUGGAGGAGGCCCGCCUGGUCAUGCUGCUCUACCUGGACUUCACUCAGCGGCAGAGGUUUGAGCGGCUGCGGCAGCUGAGGCAGACCCAGGCAGAGCUGCCCAUUGCUGCCCGCCGGGAGGAGCUGCUGCAGGAGGUGGAGGAGCACGGCGUGGUGAUAGUGGCAGGUGACACUGGCUGCGGCAAGUCCACCCAGGUGCCGCGUUACCUGCUGGAUGCUGGCUACACCAAUGUGGCUGUGACACAGCCACGGCGCCUGGCCUGUGUGGCUCUGGCUCGCCGUGUGGCAUACGAAACCCUGGACUUGUAUGGCUCUGGUGUCGGAUACCAGGUGAGGUUUGAGAAGACCCGCACGUCCCACACCCGCCUGGUGUUCCUAACUGAGGGGCUGCUGCUGCGGCAGGUGUGUGUGGACCCACUGCUGCUCCAGUACCAGGUGAUCAUCCUGGAUGAGGUGCAUGAGCGGCAUCUGGACACAGACUUCCUGCUGGGGGUGGUGAAGGUGCUGCAGGUGCGGCGGCCUGAGGUGCGGGUGCUGCUCAUGAGUGCCACUGUCAACCUGGACCUAUUCACCAGCUACUUUCCCGGUGCCCCAGUGGUGCAGGUGCCCGGCCGCCUACACCCCAUCACCCUCAAGUACCUUCCCCCACCCCCCAUUGAGAAGUCCAAGAAUGAUCGCAUGGACCCUGGGCCUUAUGUGCGCCUGCUGCAGCUCAUUGACCAGCAGUACCCGGCUGAUGAGCGUGGGGACCUGCUGGUGUUCCUGAGCGGCGCCAAGGAGAUUGGCACCGUGGUGGAGGCAGCACAGGAGUACUCACGGCACAGCGGGCGAUGGGUGGUGCUGCCACUGCACAGCACACUUUCAGCAGCCCAGCAGGAGCGGGUGUUCCACGUGGCUCCUGAGGGUGUGCGGAAGUGCAUCGUCUCCACGAAUAUCGCUGAGACAUCGGUGACCAUUGAUGGCGUGCGCUUUGUGGCUGACUCUGGGAAAGUGAAGGAGAUGACACACCAGGCCAGGGGCAAGAUGCGGCGUCUCAAGGAGUGCUGGGUGAGCCAGGCCUCGGCAGAGCAGCGCAAGGGUCGGGCAGGGCGUACGGGGCCCGGCACCUGCUUCCGCCUGUACUCCCCUCAAGACUACGAGUCCUUUCCCCGUUACAGUCCCCCAGAGGUGCAGCGCGUGCCGCUGGACUCUGUGGUGCUGCGUAUGACUUCCAUGGGUCUGCCAGACCCGCGUCUCUUCCCCUUCAUUGAGCCACCCCCGCAGGAAGCCUUGGAGCACGCCCUGUCCUCCCUCCAGGCCCAGGAUGCCAUAGACAUGGACAACAAGCUGACCACUCUGGGGCAGCUGCUGGCACAGCUGCCCCUGGAGGUUGGCCUGGGCAAGAUGCUCAUCAUGGGUGCACUCUUCCAUCAGAUGGAGCCAGUGCUGUCCCUGGCAGCAGCCAUGAGUGUGCAGAGUCCCUUCAAGCCACAUGCCCGCCGGGACCCACAGUGCCAGGCUGCCCUCAAGGAGCUGGAGAAUGACCAUGGGGACCCCUUCACCCUGUUGGCUGCCUACAGGGAGUGGCUGGGAGUGAAGGAGACGGGCUCACAGGACUCCCGGCGGUGGUGUCGGCGGAUGGGGCUGGAGGAGCACCACUUCUAUGACAUAACUAAACUCAGACAUCAGUUCUCCCAGCUGCUGCAGGAUUCUGGGCUGCAGAGGGUGGCUGGCGCACCCCGGUCCACACUCACCAGCGCCGAGCGAGCCCAGAGGCACGGCCAGUUGCAGCAACUGCGGGAGUUGCGGCGUGAGUUACACCAGGAGGACCGGCGGCCCACCCGGGUGCUGCGAGUGGGAGAGGGGGAGGGUGAAGACUGGGAGUUGGAAGGGGAGGGUCAAGGGACAACAGACAUUAAGGAUGUUGACUUCAGGAUCACCAAUGACCCAAGGCGCCUGCGGGAGAUCCUCCGCGGCUCCACACUGCGCGGGCAGGACCAGACCAUGCUGAAGGUGAUCCUGUGCUGUGGCCUCUACCCUGGUAUGGCCAUUGCCGAUGAACACAACAACUACAAGGCUGGUUCAGAGCAACUCUUCCACACUCCGGAGCGGCCCUUCACUGUGCUGCAUCCUGGGGGUGUGCUGGCUGCCCACCCAGAGGUGCUGCAGCUGUCUGACUCCAGCAUUGUGGAGGCACCUGGGUUUGGCCGUCAUCCAGCUGCCACUGGCCAACAGCUGCUGGCCUUUGGUUCUGUCCUGGAGACCCACAAGGCCUUCCUGGUAGACACAGUGCGUGUGCCAGCAGCCCAGACUCUCCUCUUGUUUUGUCACAGUCUGGACACUAAUGCAGACAUCUCUACUGUGGUUUGUGAUUCCUUCAUUGAGUUAAGGUUCCCAGAGCCUUCAAGUGCCCAGAACCUGCUGGUGCGGGCGGUCCAUCUCCGUAAGCAAUGGCACCGCCUCCUCCACUUACGCACCUCCAAGAACCCAGAGGAUGAGGGCGUGGUGGAGGCUGCUGCCCUGGAGAGGGACCUCUCGGCUGGCCUGGUGGACUAUUUCCAGAGUGAGGCUGUGUACUCCCAGCGACGUCUCCUGGCUGCAGAUGUGAAGGUGCUACAUGCUGGCCCUGGUCCUGGGGACUGUGUCCUGUCCACAAAUCCUUUCACCCCACCUCCUGGGGAGGCCUGUCUCCCAAACCCCACCAAGGGAGGGGUGGAUCUCACUCCUUACCUUGCAUACAACAGUCUGCUGGAUCUGCAGUGUACCACCACCACAAUCAACUCCUAUGACACUGUGUGUCCAUACUGUGACCAGGACCUGCACUUGACAACACUUGACCGUCUGGCUCACUUGUGGCAGUGCCUGACAGCUUGUGCCCGGCCACCACCACAAGCUGCCUCUCAGGGUGGGGAGGGAUAUGAUCUAACCAGGAAGAGGUACCAGUGUGAGACUUGUGGAGAGACUCUUUGGCUCACUCUGAAAGAAAUUUUUAUCCACAGAAAGUCCCACAUUUCAGACUCAUCCUGCCAGUAACUGCCUCUCCUCCCUGUGUCACAAGUCGUCAGAGGAGGAGGGGCAUGUGUGCCAUUGGCCUCAUCUGGAUUACACCACCUGUGGGAAAGAAGGACAUGGGGGGUGAGAUGCAGCACUAAGGCAAGGCAUAUGGUAGGAGUUGUGUGAGAACUCUAGAGGGCUUGAGUGGAGAUGAGAUAAAAACAGGUGUUUCUAUAAUGAAAAGCAGGACUUGUUUGAUGUCUAAUGCCUAGAACGUGGGUGUGGUCAGAGCUAAAAUCAAGACAGUUUUUAUCUCUGUCUGUCCCUGUGAUGCCUCCUUCCCUCUGAGGAUGUACCAAGAGAGUGGCUGUGGAAGAAGAGCCUCCACCUGUCCCUAUCCAAACACUUCCCCCUAGCUUAUUCAAGGCUUUCAUCUCUGUUACCAUCUUUUUUUCAUGAAUUGACUCCUUUAUUCUGUCCUUCCUUACCUUCUAGGUCCCUUUCCUCUCCCUGCAGGAGCUCGGGCUUCACUUGCAUACACUUUCCUUCAUGAAGUCUUUAUUCUUCACCCUCUGUGUAUUUUUUUGGCCAUUCCACCACUCUGAACUUCCCUCACUUUGCACGUCUCCAUACAUUGUUCAGACACACUUGCAUUGUUCUCAUCAUCUUAUCUUCACAUGUCCCUUCUGAUAACUCAUCUAUAGGAGCUCUUGACUGCUGCACCCUAUUCUGUGUCCAAAUCUUUAAUUCAGAUCCCAACAUUGGAGAGAAAUACCACUGUUACUUAAAUCUCUCUUAUCUCCAUUCCCUGGGACUCAUCCAUUCAGCCUAUGAUUCUUUCCCUUUAUUCUGUGACACACUUAUGGUCAUUUUUAUGAGAAAUCAGAAAUUUAGUGAAUGUAGUUCUUGUAGUAUAUCACAAUAAAUAUUUUCUCAUGAAUAAGGAUGUAAGUCAGUACAUACCAGAAGAGUAGAUGUUUUUACUUGACAGCCAAUACCAAACAAAAAUGCUUCACACCAGUGAAUGCAGUAUUUGUGUUUCAUGAGUGCAUUGGGUCAUGGUGAGGGUCAGGAGCAGUGUGACAAGCACCUGCCAAGUGGCAUACACAACACACAGGGAAGGUACAUGCUUGGCUUGCUGAGACACAAACACACCUUGCCUGUCACCUGAUGUGCCUCGACCUGUCUCCUGGCAGCUCAGGAAGCCCUGCUGCUCAGUAAGGGGGUUCAGGAUCAACUGCUGCACUGAAGUAACAAGUGUGGUACUGUUGGUGGCUGUCAAAGGUGUACUGAAUAAUUCAUACCUGUAUAAUUUGCAUAUAAAUGUCAUCAAUACAUUUAUUGAUCUGUUUA